AUGUCUAUAAAGGAUUUCAUUGUUAAUACCGUAGCAGAUGGAUAUAAUCUAACCAAAACAACAUCACUUAAGGAAAGAGCAGAAUCUUCUACAUUUCAUCUUCGUGAAUUUAACAACUGGGUAAAAAGUUGGCUAAUUCUCAAAUACUGCCCACAGCAAAAUGCAAACAUUUUAGAUCUUGCUUGUGGAAAAGGAGGCGAUAUACCAAAAUACAAAUUAAAAAAUCCAGCUUUUAUCGCAUUUGCUGAUAUAUCUGAUGAAUCUGUUAAAGAGUGUUACAGAAAAUACAAACCAUUAUCAGACAAAAUUAAAGCUCAGUUUAUUAUUGGCGACUCUUUUAACUGCAAUCUCAAAUCUCUUUUACCAAAAAUCACUUUCCAUUAUUCUUCAUGCCAGUUUGCUCUCCAUUAUGCCUUCAAGUCUCAAGAAAUGGCAGAAAAAGCUGUUGCAAACCUAACAGAUCAGUUACUUCCCGGCAGAUAUAUUUCAAUAACAACAGUCAACGCAUGCAGACUCGUCAGAUUAUUCAGAGAAAGAUACGACAGAUACCCACCAGGCGAUGAAACGAGUGAUACGAUCUCAAAUGAUCUCUACCUCGCAAAAAGAAACUUUGAUCUCAAAAAUAUUCCACCAUUCGGCGCUGGCUACAUUUUCUAUUUAAAGAAUGCUGUCAAUAGCAUCGAAGAAUACCUUGUUCAUCCAAAAGUCUUAAUAGAUCUUUUCAAAGCCAAGAAUUGCGAAUUAGUUUACAAUAAAGGUUUCCAAGAGUUUUAUUACGAGGCUUGCAAUUCAAAUCCAGAAGCCAAGGAUCUAUAUAUUAAGCUUCUCACAAAGAAAACAAAAGAUUUCUCUGGAGCUGCUAUGACUUACAGCGAAUGGGACAUUAUUUGGCUUUACUCCAUAUUCGUCUUCGUUAAAUCCGGUGAUCCAACUGAAAUUCCAAAGAAUGUUAAAAGGUAUCCAAAAGUUUCCAACGAAAUGUCAUAUCUUGAUGCAGAAACUGGUGAAUCUAAGACAGUUAUUGUACCUGACAAUCCAAUUUAA